UUGGAAAUUCCAAUCACCUUGUUUUGGUUUCAGUUUUAAACUUAUUUGGAAUGAUGGAAGAUCGCGACUCUUGUCCAGUAUGCUUUGAGAAUUUCAUAAUGCCAAAACUGUUGCCGUGCAAACAUACCUUUUGUCUCCGUUGUUUAAAGGAUUACUGUGAUCAACAAAAAACUGUUUCAAAUGAAAAGUUAACUACUACAGAUAAAGAUUCGAUAAUGGAUAAAAAUCAAAUUAUAUGCCCUCUUUGUCGGAACAUAUGCAGUAUACCAAAAAUGGGAUUUCAAGAUUUAUUUACAAAUUACUUCGUACAAAUUUCAAGACCACCCAAUAUUUGUGAAAUUUGUGUACAAAAAACUAUUUCAACAUAUUGUACAACUUGCUUUAAGAAUAAGUGUAAGAUUUGUUUUCGUCAAUAUGAUCAUAGAAAAAAGACAAGUACCAAAUGCGAGGUAACAGAGGAUAAUCGACCCGACCCACGUCUUCCGUUCCAUUUUAUGUUCAAUGAUGGAAUCAGAACUGAAUAUAUUUGUGAACCGACCAAAACUUUUCAGUUAGAUGUUCCACCCAACGACAAAGGAAAGCGUUGGGUAUACUCUGUCAUUACCUCAAGAAAGGGAGGGGCAUAUGUUCUCCCUCAAACGGUACCCUUUGUUUUAAAGUUUGGAUCAAAUACAGACUUACUAGGGAAAAUAAGAACACCUGACCCUUGCACCUGUAUAAUUGAACUUCAGAAUGGAGACCUUCUUGGGAUUUUCAGACGUAGUCGUCUUAUACUGCGCUAUACCUGCGGUGGUUGGUCGCAUUUUGCUACAACAUUGGAUUAUUUCCCCUAUGGACUCGCUGAAUUAUCAGAUGGUAAAAUUAUUAUAUGUGGUCCAAAUGCAAAUACUCCUGGUGAUAUCAAAGAAGACGAAAUAUAUGGCAUUGUCAGAAUGUAUUCGGCUGGUGGCGAUGUACUUGGAAAUAUUGAGAAAAAAGACACAGAAAGUAGUUUUCUUUCACCACACUUAGCAGUGUCUAAUAAACGAAGUAAAACAUUCGCAAUUAGCGACCAGAAAAGAUUAUUUGUAACUAUAUACCAUGAAAAUGGAGACGAACUAACAACUUAUAAUGGUGGAACAGCUAUGUUUAACUCACCAAUAAACCUUUUUGGAUUUCAAACACAUGGAAUUUUUCAGCCAAUCGAAAUGUGUUGUAGUCCAUCGGGGAAUUUCAUCAUAUCUUGUACAGACGGCACAUUGCACGUGUUGGAUCCAUAUGGUAACAUCAAGGGUGUCGCUUUAGCCAACUGUUCCGACGGAUUUGGAACACUGACAGAUGUCGCCGUUGAUAUAGAUGGAAAUAUUUGGUGUAGCAAUUCUGAAUUUGGAACAAUUAAACUAUUUCGUUUAGUUAGAUAUAAAAAUCAUUUAAAAACAGACUGGAUAUUGCCAUGAUUCGUGUACGUCUUUUAAAAAGAAUUCCACUCAGCUAUAUUUGUGUAAAAACCAUAGUACAUAUACAAGGCACUUUUGAGCAAGUAACUUUAAAACAGGACAUUAUUAAAUUAAUUGAACGGCUCUUCAUAAAAUCAGUUAAGACAAUGAAAGACCAUACACAAAAUAUAAGAGAAAUAUCAAAACGAAUAAGAAGCGAUUUAUCACUUCGUCUUUUUAUCUAUAUAAAAACUGGUUUUUAUUUAUUUCAAAAAUGUUCAGAUGUAAUAAAAAAGGGUUUUUUUUGUAAGCAUACAAAAAAGCUCAAUUCAUAAACUUAUUUAUGCUGGGAGUUGACUAGCGAGAAACAGUUUAGGAUGUGUUUAACUAACGCCAUGCACUUGCAUUUACAAACAAUAUACUUUUGAAUAUGUC